AGAGAUCAAGAUGUCCGAGCAGAAAUCCCGGAAGGAUUAUGAAAACGAGGUGCGGUCAUGGGGCUACUCCCAUGUGUUCACCUGGACUGACAGGCCGAACGCAUACUACAGCCCGCACACCCACCCGGGCCCGACGACGCACCUCAUCCUGCGCGGCGAGCUGACCAUCGCGUAUCCCGCGGACGCGCGGCCCGGGGAAACGACGACGCGGCAUGGCGUUGGCGACCGGAUCGACGUCGAGGCCGGGCGCGUCCACGAGGUCUGGGCCGGGCGGGAGGGGUGCACGUACGUCAUUGGGGAGUAGAAGAUGGGAAGGUGGAGGGAGGGCUGCCGAAGAAUUGGAUGGGACGGGUCUCGGGGAAGUUCCCUUGGUGCUGCGCUGCAUCGGAGACAAGCCGCUGUGAGCCUUGAGUCAGAGGGCGAGAGUGUCUACGUGAAGGGGCCAUGAAUGCUUGACAUUCCAUGGGAGGAGAAAACGUGAUGCUUUAGAGCCAGCAGUAUUGGAUAUAUUAGGCCUCUCCGGCCCUUGUAGGUUGCUGCCUGGUUUUGAUAAGCUGGUGUCAUAAAUAUAGUCCGGCGGUGGCGCCCAUGACGUCUGGCCUAUAUUACUUGGGCUUAGGGAGGUCAAGCAACUAUAGAGAGGCUCGGUGACCACUUGACCUCCCCCGGAAAUCGCGA